AUGAAAGAACACCUCACUCGUGUGAAAAGUCAUCCUGGAUCCACGUCUUAUCUUUCACCGGGUGUCCAGAACGAAUUCAUUCACAUGAUGGCAUCCACUGUUCACCAGAGUUUACCGAGAAGCAUUCGUAAAGCCAAGUAUUAUGAUCUCAUGUUCGACUCGACUCCUGAUCAGGCACACCGUGAGCAGAUGUCAAAAGUAGUGAGGUACGUGGUAGCUGAUUUUGAGAGGAAAACAGUCCGUGUUAAAAAGUCCUUCCUUGGUUUUAUCCAGAUAAGACAGAAGGAUGCUGAGAGCUUGGUUGAAGACAUCUUGAAACAGCUAGAGAAGGACGAAAUGGAGCUACACGAUUGUCGGUCACAGUGCUAUGACAACGCUGAUGUGAUGAUUGGACACAGAAGUGGUGUUCAUCAAAGAAUAAGAUUUUGGAACAAAGUACUCAUUCGCAUUGACCGUAUUCAAAAGAGGCUGCAGGAUCCUAACAUGAACUUCCACGAUGCUGCCCUGGAUUUCAAAGCCCUCUGA